AUGUGUGUGUGUGCGCGCCCAUCUCCUCCCCACCUCGCAAAAGUUUGCCUGGGCGGCCGGGGGGCUCCCGGGCCGCCGCCCCCGCAGCCGGGGGGCGCGGCGGAGGCGCGGCGGGGCGCUGGAGGCGGCGGCGCGGGACUUGCGCGCCGCGCGGGAGUUGCGCGCCGCGCCAUGCCGGCAGCGCGGGGGGCUGCGCGGCGCUGCGCCCUGCCGGGGCUGCCGCUGCCGGGGCCGCCGCCGCCGCUGCUGAUGCUUCUGGUGCUGCUGGUGCUGCCGGCCGCGGGGGCCGAGGGCAAGGCGCGGAGCUGCGGCGAGGUGCGGCAGGCGUACAGCGCCAAGGGCUUCAGCCUGGCCAGCGUGCCCUACCAGGAGAUCGCAGGGGAACAUUUGAGAAUCUGCCCUCAGGAAUAUACAUGCUGCACCUCAGAAAUGGAGGACAAGUUAAGCCAACAGAGCAAACUGGAGUUUGAAAACUUAGUGGAGGAGACAAGUCACUUUGUACGCACCACUUUUGUAUCCCGGCACAAGAAGUUUGACGAGUUUUUCCGAGAACUUCUGGAGAAUGCAGAAAGAUCCUUAAAUGACAUGUUUGUCCGGACAUACGGCAUGCUGUACAUGCAGAACUCUGAGGUGUUCCAGGACCUCUUCACGGAGCUGAAGCGGUAUUACACAGGAGGCAAUGUGAACUUGGAGGAAAUGCUGAAUGAUUUCUGGGCUCGGCUGCUGGAGCGGAUGUUCCAGCUCAUAAACCCCCAGUACCACUUCAGUGAAGACUACCUGGAGUGUGUCAGCAAGUACACAGACCAGCUGAAGCCAUUUGGAGAUGUACCCAGGAAGCUGAAGGUUCAAGUGACUAGAGCCUUCAUUGCCGCACGGACCUUUGUUCAGGGGCUGACAGUAGGCAGAGAGGUUGCGAACAGAGUAUCCAAGGUCAGUCCCACCCCAGGGUGCAUCCGGGCGUUAAUGAAGAUGUUGUACUGCCCUUACUGCAGAGGACUUCCCACUGUGAAACCUUGCAACAACUAUUGCCUCAAUGUAAUGAAGGGCUGCCUAGCAAAUCAGGCUGAUUUGGAUACUGAGUGGAAUCUGUUCAUAGAUGCUAUGCUUCUGGUAGCGGAGAGAUUAGAGGGACCAUUCAACAUUGAAUCAGUCAUGGAUCCUAUUGAUGUCAAGAUUUCUGAAGCCAUCAUGAACAUGCAAGAGAACAGCAUGCAGGUGUCAGCAAAGAUUUUCCAAGGAUGUGGCCAACCUAAACCAGCACCUGGUCUGAGAUCUUCCCGUUCUGUCCCUGAAAACUUCAACACCCGCUUUAGACCAUAUAACCCAGAGGAGAGACCUACAACUGCUGCUGGCACAAGUUUGGACAGGCUGGUAACAGAUAUUAAAGAAAAGCUAAAGCUCUCUAAAAAGUUCUGGUCAACGUUACCCUACACAAUCUGCAAGGAUGAGCGAGUGACAGCCGGUCCGUCAGUCGAGGAAGACUGCUGGAAUGGCCACACCAAGGCAAGAUACUUGCCUGAGAUUAUGAACGAUGGCUUGACCAACCAAAUCAACAAUCCAGAAGUAGAUGUGGACAUCACAAGGCCAGACACCUUCAUUCGACAACAAAUCAUGGCCUUACGUGUCAUGACUAACAAACUGAAGAAUGCGUAUAAUGGGAAUGAUGUCAACUUCCAGGAUACAAGUGAUGAAACCAGCGGCUCAGGCAGUGGAAGCGGCUGUACAGAUGACAUCUGCCCCACCGAGUUUGAUUUCAUCACCACUGAAGCACCACCUGUCGACUCAGACAGGAGAGAGGUGGAGGCUUCAGCCAUACAGCCUGGCUGGUCACUGCAGACGUUGCUUGUCAUCUUCAUCAGCCUGGUACUGCAGAGACAGUGGAGAUAAUCCUGGAUCUUGUGGGAGAAACUGUGUUUUAGCUACAGAAACAGCCAACUUUCUUCUUUUCUUAUACUCUAGGACAAUGGACCAUGCCACAAACACUUGCAGUUUUCUACAAGAGAGCAGUACUGCGACCUGCUUCCCAUUUUAGUUUUCCCAAAGAGUACCAGGUGCCAGACUGAACUGCUUCCUGCUUUUUUCAGAUAACUCUGAAGAUGAUAUCAACUCUUGAGAGAAUUCUUUCUCAAACCUUUAUUACAGGAGACUUUCUGAGCUUCAUUUCCUUUUAUGCUGCAAAAGGGAAAAAGGAUCUUACAGUGUUUUUUCCCCAAUCAGAGAGAAAAGAAGGGGGAAGAAACCAAGAAAACAAUUUUCUUUCUGAAUCAGGCCUGAUUCAAGGCUGCUGCAUUUCAACAGAAUAUCAAUCUAUCAAUCAAACAAACAAACAAAAAACCCACAAAAACAUAAGAAAGUCAAAAAUGCAACCGUUCUUCACUGACAGCCAGGUUUCCUUAGGAACUUCUGUAGGAUGAUUCAGGUCAUCAUAAUGAUCAUUGUUAUAGGGAGGAAGGCUGGAUUUUUUUUUUUCCAACACAAAAAUAUGUCUCAACAGUGAAUGUCUUGCACUCCAUCUACCAACCACAUCAGAUUGGUAUGAAGGUAGAGAAGCUGAAAAAUAAGUUUACCUUUUAGUAUGAUAGUAGCUCCACUAGCUUCAGAAUAUCAUGUUAUAGUUGUUUAGGAUUUAAAUCUUAAUGCCCAGUAAAAAUAGGAGUAGUAGCACAGUUUCUUUUGGGAUUUAUCCAUGUUAUGCAAUUGGCACAGUUUUCCACUUAGCUCACCACUGUGAGCUCAUCAGCCAUGAUGGUAAUGUUAAACAACACUACUGACCCCUAAAGGGUUCAGACAGAAAAUAAUCUCUUGUGAUAGAAUAUUUUUCCUUUUGUUACUGUUCUGACAUCGAUUAGGACUUUUUGCUACUAUGUUCAUUAUCCUACCAAGAUGGCAAUUCUCUAAUGGACUAACAGCAACUGGAUCAAUAGCGUGUUUCGCACCUAACUACAUCUUUCAUAUCAGUUAAUUUCAGUGUCACAAGGAUUUCAUCUACAAAAUCUCAGAACAAACAAAUAUAUAGUACUGACAUGGAGAUUUCUUUCACUUUUUUAGUCUUAGUACGAUCAUCUAUUUUUAUAUAUAUAAAUAUAUAUAAAUCACAGAUUUUAACUUCUUAAUUACAAGCUCAGGGUUGACACUUCUUUGUAAGGAAAAAAAACUUUUGGUCAACCAGCUCUUCUUUUUUUUGUGCUGUUUUGGAAAGUAACCCUUUAAUGAAUGGUAAGCAUGAAAAUCAAAGAAGACAAUUUUUUACAUAUCCAGUUGUCCAUUUCUUAACAAGUUUGCAGGAUGAGGGAGAAAACCUCUCUCAUAUGUAUGUAUAUGUGGGGGGCAUGUGCGUUUGUAUGAUAGGCCUAGAGAAGGACUUGGAUGUUAAUUGUGAUGACAGUUGUACUAUCAGAUUCUUCAAGGAUACAUUGCUUUAAUAAUCAUUGCCUAAAUGACCAUGGUCCUGGAUAGAGUUUUUUGCAUCUGUUCAUAAGACCCAAGAUGGAAACUGUUUCAAUCCUGGACAAAUGAGUGUCAACAAUUAGACAUCAAAAUCUUCCUUCUUCUAUCAACCACAGACGAAGGACUUCUGUGGCAAUUCUGUGUGGUGUUGAAAUGAUUUGACAGAAAUUUAUUUCCUGAUUCUUACAUUGGCUCUGGAAAUGGUAUAGACAAAUUGUGGUAACACUGUAAAUCCAGCCAACCACACUACAAUUUAACAGCCGAGCAGGUAGAUCGUAUCCAUUGCAAUCACUUUUUCUUGUCAAAUUAUAAUUAGCUAUCGAUUUAGGCAUGAAAUUAAAAUAGAAAACACACAGCACGUUAGGAUAAAGGUAUACUUAAGCACUUUUACCAGAAAUUAUUUACAAACUAUUUAUAUAGUAUGUCUAAUAACAAAAAGCGUAGGUUUUGAGCCACUUGUAUUCCAUGAUUUUUCUUUUCUCCACUUGUUUUUUGCUUCAGAGUAUAAUUGAUAGCAUCAUAGAAUCAUAGAACCAUCAAAUCAUUUGGGUUGGAAGGGACUUUAAAGAUCAUCUAGUUCCAAUCCCCCUGCCAUGGGAGCCAUUCACUAGAUAAGGUUGUUUAGGGUCCCAUCCAACCUGGCCCUGACUACUGGUCUGUUCCUCUGGGCCCAGACUGGUAUGCAUGAGUCACUGCCUAAGUGCUCAGAUCACACGAGUCUUACACCAACCAUAGCAAUGCAUCCCACUUCUCCAAGGGUUCCCCCUGGAGCGGGUAUUGUGUUUCAGCAUUUACUGUCUCCAGGAAGUUUAAGCCAAUUGUUACCGGCUUUUCCUUUUGCCCUGGUAGAGCAGGUAACCAAGCACAGGGUCUUUGUUUUUAAUUUUUUUCCUGAGCUUGCACGUGCAUCAUUCUACAGAGAGAACUCUUUAAAAAUCUCCCCUGAUACAUCUCUUUUUACCCAUCUCCGCAUCUUUUCUACUCUUCUUGUCUUCAGCAACUUUGUUUCAGGAGAAGUUGAGUGCGAUUUUGAUUUCUCCCACUCGUGUGUUUAUUCAGUGGUAACUGAUACUAUUAUUCUGGGUCUGGAAGCUUAUCAACAGGCAACAAAGUCCAAGCCCUCUAAGGCAAGUCUUCUGUUGUACCUGCUCCACGCUGCUGGUGAAGGAGCUGAUGGACUCAUCACGUCUUUGUGUUAGCCUCAGCCCACAUGUAGGUGAUCUGCUGACUAUUUUCAGCUGGUGCAACCAAGAUGUGUGUCCAGGGUGCUCUCAGCUGUUGGUAGACCUCCAUGGACUUUUGGACAAGGAGUAAGAGGGAUCCCUAAGAACUAGGGUGUGUGCUGAAGGCUGUUCUCACUUGGGGAGCUUACAGGAGGGACCCUCCUCUUCUUGGACAGGAUCUUACAAACUGCUGCUCAAAAAACAAACCAGCCUAAUCUUUUUCAAAAUGUGAUUGUAUUGAGGGAGUUCUGCCAGAAAUUUAUGUCUUCCAUAUUAUUAUUUCUCCUCUUAUUUUCCUACUAUGCAUGGUGAUACCUUGUCAGAAGAUGGAGAUGCCUUUUCCUGAGGUAUUGUGCAUACAUUUCUUUAAUAGUCCCUAAAGGUUGAAUAUUCUCUUCAUACAUUGCAUUUUUCUGAGAUUAAGAGAGCUAUUACAUCUACAGAGGAAAUUAAUUUGGGAAUGAAAGAAAGAAAAGAAAGAGCAUUCCUGGUCAUAAAUAUGAAACUCUGCAUAAUUUCCAAUGUUUCUGUUUGCACAUCCUUUGCAUCCAAUAACUCCUUUUCUAAGGUAAUUUUUUAGUGUGCCACAAUUUAAAUUUCUCUUCUGCUAGCAGCAGAUAAAGUAAGAAAUUAUAAAGAAGACAAUUACCUGUUCAAGAAAGAGGAGCUAAGUCCUAAGGAAAAGUCCUUUGAUUGUGUAAACCCUCUAUGCUGCACAAUCCAGAAGUUCUUGACAUUUCAUGUUCUUUUAAAGUGGAAACUAAUACAAAAUUAGAUGCAAUUAAUUACACAACCAGUGCUGCAGAGCCCUGUGAGGUUUUUCUUUUCAGUAUUAACUGAAUUGCUUUUGCACAAUCCCCAGAUUUUUGAUGUUUAUUGUAUUGCAGAUUUUUCUACUGAUGACUCAGUACAUAGUAUUAUAACUGCAAUGCAGACUUCCUGAACUCUGGCCAAACUUAGGCAUUCCAAAAUAGACAAUCAGAAAAAAAAAAAAUU